CCAGCGCUGAGGCCAGUUUGCCCCUGGGGAGGCUCCAGACAGCUUUGUUCCAGGGCAGUGGCGGGGCUGGCCGAGGCUGCGGCAUUUCUCCCCAAGGAAGUGUCUUCCCCGCUUUCCCUAUUCUUCUGUUUCUCACACACUUUCUAUCUCAUUCUGUAACUUUCAAGCCUUUCUUUCUAACUGUAUGUAUUUAGUUACUUGUUUUCAAGCUGGUUCUCUCUCUGGCCCCCUGGCCUGGGGAAAGCCUCCACACUUACUGCAAGUCUUGUUUAGAGUCUGAGUUUGUGAGAUUAUUGGGGGGAGAGUGGUCGAGUGGCUGACAGGUGACCUCCAGGAGGAGGCUUCCUGGAGCUGGUGUCUUCUCCCAGCUGCUGCUUCCAGUGGGCCUGGGCCCAGGACUGGACCUCCGCGGGCAUCCCCUGAGUGCCUCCCUGCCAGGCCAUGCUGCAGUAGACCCUCACAGCGUCUCUUCCUGGCCAAGAGAAGCCUGUCCCCAAGAACAGGAGAGCCAUGGUCGGCCUCCGAGGGAACGCUGUGGCUGGCCUCCUCUGGAUGCUGCUGCUGUGGAGUGGGGGCGGCGGCUGCCAGGCUCAGCGGGCAGGUUGCAAAAGUGUCCACUACGAUCUGGUCUUCCUCCUGGACACCUCCUCCAGCGUGGGCAAGGAGGACUUUGAGAAGGUCCGGCAGUGGGUGGCCAACCUGGUGGAUACCUUCGAGGUGGGCCCCGACCGCACCCGUGUGGGGGUCGUGCGCUACAGUGACCGGCCCACCACAGCCUUCGAGUUGGGCCUCUUCGGCUCGCGGGAGGAGGUCAAGGCAGCCGCCCGGCGCCUCGCCUACCAUGGGGGCAACACUAACACGGGUGACGCGCUGCGCUACAUCACGGCCCUCAGCUUCUCCCCACGCGCCGGAGGCCGCCCCGGGGACCGCGCCUACAAGCAAGUGGCCAUCCUGCUCACCGACGGCCGCAGCCAGGACCUGGUGCUGGACGCCGCGGCGGCCGCCCACCGCGCUGGCAUCCGCAUCUUCGCUGUGGGCGUGGGCGAGGCACUCAAGGAGGAGCUGGAGGAGAUCGCUUCAGAGCCCAAGUCCGCCCACGUCUUCCACGUGUCCGACUUCAACGCCAUCGACAAGAUCCGGGGCAAGCUGCGGCGCCGUCUGUGUGAAAAUGUGCUCUGUCCUAGCGUUCGUGUAGAAGGAGAUCGCUUUAAGCACACCAAUGGAGGAACCAAGGAAAUCACAGGUUUUGACCUGAUGGAUUUGUUCAGUGUGAAGGAAAUCUUGGGGAAGAGAGAGAAUGGCGUGCAGAGUUCUUAUGUACGGAUGGGAUCCUUCCCUGUGGUGCAAAGUACUGAGGAGGUGUUCCCCCAAGGUUUACCUGAUGAAUACGCCUUUGUCACAACCUUCCGGUUCAGGAGAACCUCUCGGAAGGAAGAUUGGUAUAUCUGGCAGGUCAUCGACCAGUACGGCAUCCCACAGGUCUCCAUCCGGCUGGAUGGUGAAAACAAAGCAGUCGAGUACAACGCUGUGGGUGCCAUGAAAGAUGCUGUCAGGGUGGUCUUCCGAGGUUCCCGGGUCAAUGACCUCUUUGACCGGGACUGGCACAAGAUCGCCCUGAGCAUCCAGGCCCAGAACGUCUCCCUGUACAUCGACUGUGCACUGGUGCAGACACUACCCAUCGAGGAGCGGGAGAACAUUGACAUCCAGGGCAAGACUGUGAUUGGCAAGCGCCUCUACGACAGUGUGCCCAUCGACUUUGACCUACAGCGGAUUGUGAUCUAUUGUGACUCGAGACAUGCAGAACUGGAGACUUGUUGUGAUAUCCCCUCGGGUCCGUGCCAGGUGACUGUGGUGACAGAGCCUCCACCUCCACCCCCACCCCAGCGGCCUCCCACCCCAGGCAGUGAACAGAUUGGGUUUUUGAAGACCAUCAACUGCUCCUGCCCAGCUGGAGAGAAGGGUGAAAUGGGAUUUGCUGGCCCCAUAGGGCUCCCUGGUCCAAAGGGAGACACAGGAGCCACUGGGCCGGUUGGCGCUCCUGGACCUAAGGGAGAGAAAGGUGAUGUGGGCAUAGGACCUUUUGGCCGAGGGGAAAAGGGUGAAAAGGGUUCCCUGGGCCUGCCCGGCCCCCCCGGGAGAGACGGCAGCAAAGGCAUGAGAGGGGAGCCAGGAGAACUGGGAGAGCCGGGGCUUCCGGGUGAGGUCGGCAUGCGGGGGCCCCAAGGACCGCCUGGACUCCCCGGACCUCCAGGACAUGUCGGAGCUCCUGGCCUCCAAGGAGAACGAGGUGAAAAGGGAACUCGAGGAGAAAAGGGAGAGCGAGGCCUGGAUGGAUUUCCCGGGAAGCCUGGGGAUGCAGGACAGCAGGGCAGGCCUGGCCCUCCUGGUGUGGCAGGACCCCAGGGAGAAAAGGGUGACGUGGGACCUGCGGGCCUGCCUGGUGUACCAGGCUCGGUGGUGCAGCGAGAGGGCUUGAAAGGGGAACAGGGAGCUCCAGGACCCAGAGGUCACCAAGGCCCCCCUGGGCCUCCAGGAGCUCUGGGUCCAAUAGGCCCAGAAGGCAGAGAUGGACCUCCUGGUUUGCAAGGUCUCCGAGGGAAGAAAGGUGACGUGGGACCACCUGGAAUCCCUGGAUCGCUGGGGCCACAGGGCCCUCCAGGACCACCUGGUGUCCCAGGCCCCCCUGGACCGGGAGGUUCUCCGGGUUUGCCUGGAGAGAUCGGCUUCCCGGGAAAGCCUGGGCCUCCUGGGCCCGCGGGACACCCCGGAAAGGAUGGGCCGAAUGGACCACCAGGCCCACCAGGAACCAAGGGAGAACCAGGAGAAAGAGGGGAAGAUGGUCUGCCUGGAAAACCAGGCUUUCGGGGAGAAACUGGGGAGCAGGGCCUGGCAGGCCGACCUGGAGAGAAGGGAGAAGCAGGCCUCCCAGGGGCUCCAGGCUUCCCAGGUGUGAGAGGAGAGAAAGGAGACCAGGGAGAAAAAGGUGAACUGGGACUUCCAGGACUGAAAGGUGCCCCUUUCACAGAUAUAACAGAUAUGGUUAGCCCAGGUGCGAGGGCAAUGGAGGCGCCAGUGGAGUGUGAAGAACGUACUGAGCAAAAACUCCCGUGUGCCCUGACUCCUGGUGAAGCUGGUCCUGCAGGCCCUCCCGGGUUACCUGGAACUACAUCCCUGUUCACACCACAUCCACGGAUGCUUGGAGAGCAAGGGCCCAAAGGAGAGAAGGGCGAUCCAGGCAUGCCUGGGGAACCGGGACCGCAGGGCCGUCCUGGAGAAUUGGGGCCUCGGGGACCUGUUGGACCACCGGGUGCUAAGGGACAGGAAGGUGCACAUGGGGCUCCUGGAGCAGCUGGAAACCCUGGUGCUCCUGGACAUGUCGGUCCCCCCGGUCCCAGUGGCCCUCCAGGAAGUGUGGGUGCUCCUGGCCUCAGAGGCCCCCCUGGGAAAGAUGGGGAGCGUGGUGAGAAGGGCUCAGCGGGGGAAGAAGGCAGCCCAGGGCCAGUUGGUCCCAGGGGAGAUCCUGGUGUUCCUGGGCUCCCUGGGCCACCCGGAAAAGGGAAGGAUGGAGAGCCGGGACUCCGUGGGUCACCUGGACUCCCUGGACCCCUAGGAAUCAAGGGGGAUCGAGGAGCUCCUGGGAUCCCUGGUUCUCCUGGCAGCCGUGGUGACCCAGGCGUAGGGGUUGCUGGUCCUCCUGGCCCUUCUGGACCACCAGGAGACAAAGGCCCCACGGGAUCACGAGGCUUACCUGGAUUCCCCGGCCCCCAGGGCCCAGCCGGCCGGGAUGGUACACCAGGAAAUCCAGGAGAAAGAGGGCCUCCUGGCAAGCCAGGCCUCUCUUCACUACUGUCUCCAGGGGACAUAAAUCUCUUGGCUAAGGAUGUGUGCAGUGACUGCCCUCCUGGCCCCCCAGGCCUCCCUGGUCUACCAGGUUUUAAGGGGGACAAAGGUCUCCCAGGAAAGCCAGGGAAAGAAGGCACAGAAGGGAAAAAGGGAGAGCCUGGACCUCCAGGCCUACCAGGGCCCCCAGGAAUAGCUGGACCACAGGGAAGUCAAGGAGAACGUGGUACAGAUGGUGAGGUUGGACAGAAAGGUGAUCAGGGUCAUCCUGGAGUUCCGGGUUUCAUGGGGCCCCCAGGGAACCCUGGGCCACCAGGGGCAGAUGGAAUUGCAGGAGCUGCUGGACCACCAGGAAUCCAAGGGUCACCUGGAAAAGAAGGCCCUCCUGGCCCCCAAGGCCCAUCUGGAUUACCUGGAAUCCCAGGAGAAGAAGGCAAAGAAGGCAGAGAUGGAAAGCCAGGUCCCCCUGGAGAGCCGGGCAAAGCAGGAGAGCCGGGUCUACCAGGACCAGAGGGUGCCCGAGGCCCACCUGGCUUCAAGGGACACACAGGCGAUUCUGGUGCACCUGGUCCCCGAGGAGAGCCUGGUGCCAUGGGGCCUCCUGGUCAGGAAGGGUUACCAGGAAAAGAUGGUGACACUGGACCCACUGGGCCACAGGGUCCCCAAGGACCAAGGGGCCCACCGGGCAAGAAUGGAUCACCGGGAUCUCCAGGAGAGCCUGGCCCUUCAGGAACCCCCGGCCAGAAAGGAAGCAAAGGGGAAAAUGGCAGCCCAGGACUUCCUGGCUUCCUGGGUCCCCGUGGGCCUCCGGGAGAACCAGGAGAGAAAGGAGUCCCAGGCAAGGAGGGGGUCCCUGGGAAGCCCGGAGAGCCUGGAUUCAAAGGAGAAAGGGGAGAUCCUGGGAUCAAAGGUGACAAAGGACCUCCUGGUGGAAAGGGCCAGCCUGGGGACCCUGGAAUCCCAGGCCACAAAGGUCACACAGGCCUGAUGGGUCCCCAAGGACCACCUGGGGAGAACGGACCAGCUGGACCCCCAGGGCCUCCAGGCCAGCCGGGAUUUCCAGGACUGAGGGGGGAGUCUCCAUCCAUGGAAACCCUGCGUCGGCUUAUUCAAGAAGAGCUGGGGAAGCAGCUCGAAACCAAACUCGCCUACCUCCUGGCCCAGAUGCCCCCAGCGCACAUGAAGGCAUCUCAAGGCAGACCCGGGCCCCCAGGGCCCCCUGGAAAAGAUGGGCUUCCAGGUCGGGCCGGCCCCAUGGGGGAGCCAGGUCGUCCUGGGCAGAGUGGCCUGGAAGGACCCUCUGGACCCAUAGGUCCAAAAGGUGAGCGAGGAGCCAAAGGUGACCCAGGUGCACCUGGAGUUGGCCUCCGAGGCGAGAUGGGACCCCCUGGCAUCCCAGGUCAACCCGGGGAACCUGGCUACGCUAAAGAUGGACUUCCUGGGAUCCCUGGCCCUCAAGGGGAGACAGGACCAGCUGGACAUCCUGGCCCCCCAGGACCCCCUGGUCCCCCAGGCCAGUGUGACCCUUCCCAGUGUGCCUACUUCGCCAGCCUUGCUGCCCGGCCAGGUAAUGUGAAGGGCCCCUAGAGGACUCUGGAAAGCCGGAAGACUGCAGUGGAUUUCUGAAACUUGAACUCGGAGCCCAGUGGGAAGCCAGAGGUCUUGAAAGACUUCAGCCAUGUGUUCCUUUUUUUUCUUUCUUUUAUUGUUUGCUUUUUGUUUUAUUUUCUUGAGAGACCUCAAAAUUAUUAAAUCCAACAGAUGCUGCCGGUCGGUCAGAUGAUUAUUAAUAUUAUUCUUGUUGCUAAUUAUUAUUAUUAUUUCAUAUGCUGAUGCUUUGUGAGUUCUUUCCCACUCCUUUGAAGUUGGGAAAACUUGAUUUGUGGGGCAGGAGAUCGUUUCUUCAUUCUUCUGACAGCCCCCGUCUGAGGUGUAACUGCCCAUUUUAAGGAAACUCUUGGUGCUACAAAACCCUGACCAGACACUUGACAAAUUUACCUCUUUCUUCAGAAGAAAAACUUUAAGAAAAUGAUCAAUGGGCUUCAUUCUCAGUCAUGUCCAGAGAUCACCCAGGGAGAAAUAAUACAAACACUACCACUGUCCAGAGAGGGAAAAGAAGCAGGAAGAGAAAGAAUUUGCAACCAUGAGGAAUGUUCCCACCUCCCGAUGGGACGUGCAUUUGGAGAACACAGAAUCAGCCCUCAGGGUGCACUCCAGCCAUCUCAGUGCUCCGAGCUCACAGAAAUGAAAUAAUAUCUGUGGUUGGCAAUGGCUUUGUGGGAUCAUAUGUCUUGGCCAAAGAUGGGAAAACCCAUGUUGAAGAGGCAGCCCUUGAGAGUUGAUUUGUCUUCUAAACUGUGGGUAAGGCCCCUUCAAGUUCCUCUUGUUGGUUUCAGUUAUAUCAAUUAUAAAACAAGUGGAUGUGGUGACCAUCCACUUGUGUUCCCUAAUGCUGGGCAGUUGGCCAGAGCACUGAGCAGAGCUGGGAAAUUUGUAUCUCCAGGGCUCUGUCUCUGAAAUAAAUGGCAUCAAGUUCAUGUGUGUAUGUGACAUGCCCUGCGCGAACAGGUGCUCAAUAAAUCCAAGUUUCCUUCUCCUGA